AUGUGUGCUUUCCUAUUUUUCUUUUGUAUUUUGAGUUUGGCUAACUGCUACAUGCUAAUAUUUUAUGGAGAACUUGGAACAAGUAUGAAUUGCACAAAAUAUUCCACUGUUUCAUGGGAUACUUGUAUCACAAACUGUGAUGAGAAUGACAAUUGUUUUGUGAGUUUUUUAUAUGCGAUAUUUUCAAUAGGGGAGGAAAAGCGACGCGUGGCCGAGUGGUUAGCGCCCGCGCCUAUCGUUGGCGAGGCUCGUGUUCGACCCCCACUCGGCGCAAACUUUUUUUAUUUUUUAUUUUUUUUAAUUUCAAUUUUUAUCUUCAGCUUUCCUACACUUCCCUGUCGGUUUCUUGCAAUACUUGUGGAUUUGGAGGCUUCCCAGGCAUCUCAUAUUCUCCCUCAGAAACCAAUUACAAACUCGCGUUGAAAUCACGCUUAGCAAAUUGCACUUACAAUCUCGAAAUGUUGAGCCAACAAAAAAUCGAUGCUCUAAAACAGUGUCCCGGUGGAUACGGUACUUUGCCACGAAACAAUGCACAAUCAUCAGUUUGUUUUCAAAGAUUAUAUCAACAAGCUUAUACGACACAAGAUGUGGCUAAAACACUGUGUACUGAUAGAUCUGGUGGGUAUGGCGGACAAUUGAUGGGUUUGGACAGUGAUCAGAUGCGGAGUUCAUUAAGUGCUACGACUAUUACUAUUUAUUUGUAUAAUUGUAGUAUUUGGAUUGGUUUGGAGUUGAAGAAUGGUGUGAGUUUUCCGCGAGAUUCCGCGUGACCGGAAGCCCCGAGCGCUCUGCGCGAGUGUAGACCGCGAGCUUCCGCGAAGCGGCUGGGCAUUAGUGUACCUAACUCAACUUGAGCCUAGGCCCGGCCGCUACGCGGAAGACAGUGCCGCUUCGCGGAAGCUUGCGGUUUACACUCGCGCAGAGCGCUCGGGGCUCAGGAUUAGGACUAUGCUCUAGGCUAAGCCUAGGCCCCGAGCGCUCUGCGCGAGUGUAGACCGCAAGCUUCCGCGAAGCGGCACUCUUUUCCGCGUAGCGGCCGGGCCUAGGCUUAAGUUUGAGUUGGUUACACAUGCCAGUCGCAAAACCUAACUCAAACUUGAACCUAGGCCCGGCCGCUACGCGGAAGACAGUGCCGCUUCGCGGAAGCUUGCGGUCUACACUCGCGCAGAGCGCUCGGGUCUGGGAGGGGGGAUUAAGGCUAUGCUCUAGGCUAAGCCUAACACCCGAGCGCUCUGCGCGAGUGUAGACCGCAAGCUUCCGCGUAGCGGCCGGGCCUAGGUUCAGGUCUGGACAUGGACUGAUCCUUGGUCUAAGUUUACCUAAGCCUAAGCCUGAAGCUAGGCCCGGCCGCUACGCGGAAGACAGUGCCGCUUCGCGGAAACUCGCGGUUUACACUCGCGCAGAGCGCUCGGGGCUUGGGAUUAAGACUAUGCUCUAGGCUAAGCCUAAGCCCCGAGCGCUCUGCGCGAGUGUAAACCGCAAGCUUCCGCGUAGCGGCCGGGCCUAGGCUCAAGUUUGAGUUAGGUACAUUAAUGCCUAGCCGCUAAACUUAGCUCAAACUUAAGCCUAGGCCCGGCCGCUACGCGGAAGACAGUGCCGCUUCGCGGAAGCUUGCGGUCUACACUCGCGCAUAGCGCUCGGGAUCAAGCCUAUGCUCUAGCCUAAGCCUAAGCCCCGAACGCUCUGCGCGAGUGUAGACCGCAAGCUUCUGCGUAGCGGCCGGACCUAGGCUCAAGUUCGAGCCCGGCCUAACCUAAGCCCGGCCGCUUCGCGGAAGCUCGCGGUCUACACUCGCGCAGAGCGCUCGGGGCUUAGGCUUGUUCGACUUACAACUGCAAAUUCCAGAUCUGGACAUGGACUGAUCCUUGGUUUACUGGCUCGGGAAGUAUAGCAUGGGCUUCUGGACAUCCGAAAACUGGAAACACUUGUGCAUCUCUACAAUAUGGAACCGGUUUAUUGCAAAGCGAAAAAAUGCUCCGCGGCAACUUGCACAUCGAAAUAUUGCCCAGGUUCUUGUCUGUGCACAUAUUCUAUGCGAUAAAUUUUCGAACUUCUUCAAAAUUUCAUUGAAAUGCAUCGAAACCGCGCAAAAAACAAAAAAAACGAAAAAAAAUCAAUAUUGUCCGAGAGAAAUACACGAAAAUAGAAGCGGCAUUGCGGAGUAUCGUUAACCACCGCGUUGUUUUAUUUUUUUUUGUUUUUUUUCGCAAAAAAAUGUUUUUAAAAGUGUUUUCUAUCGAAUUUUCGAAAUUUAUCAGGGUAAUUAAGAAUGUAACUAAUUAGCUAAUUAGUUAAUUACCUAAUUAGUUGAAUUUUUCUCUUUUUCUUAUCUUUUCUGUGAAAAUUUACUUGAAAAUUCGCUUUUCUUCUGUUUCUUCCAUAUUUUCAAUGAUUUUUGAUGAUUUUUCAGGUUUACCAAGCUGGAAUUAUUGAUUUUUCGAAUUGGAGAGGUCAAGAAUUGAAGGAAACUUGUGAAUUUUCAUGGAAAACAUCGGAUUACUGGAUUUUUCGCUCAAAAAUCGAUUUGGGUAAGAUUUUGCUGUGAAUCUCUGAAAAAUGGCUGGAAAAUUGUGUUUUAAGACCCAGAAAUUCAAAAUUUCUGAUUUUCAGCUCAAAACAUUGAUGGAAACUAG